UAUGCAUAACAUUUGUUUUGUGAUGCAGGGGAAGAAGCUCGGGAGGGAACUUGGUGAGAUGGAAGCGUGGACGCACAUGAAGCUGGUGACGCCCGGUCCGAACGAGCCUCGGCCCGCGCCUGAGAUGUACUACGGCAAGGCCAAAGAGAACAAGGAAAGAUACUGCGAGGAGUACGCCAAGCUCCAUCCAGAGGUGGAGGACCCUAUGACCGAGCCGGUCGACGAGGUGGCGAUGAUGCUGGCGGGGUCCGGCCAGCCGCAUGGACGUCCUGCCUGCCUUGCUGGGGGUUUCAAGCCUCAGAGGAACUUCACGCAGAUCAAGGCUACCCUCCCCUCCGGCAGCUACGCUACCUCCUCGCGGACUACAUGCCGUUCUCGGGUAGAGGUUGAUACUCAGCUCGAGGAGGCCUAUGCAGUAGCUUACGAGGAGUAUCUCGAGAAGAUUAAGGAGCAUGACCUUGUGAAAGAUGCCUAUGUCCGAGUGGACGAGCAACCGAGAUGGCGAAAAAAACUGGGCCUGGCUGUGCCGACGAGUGUCACCGUCGGCACGAGCCCGUAG